CUCAAACAACAAAACCCUAAUAGCUAGCAAUGAGCAUAGUGAAGACUUUGGUGGCUGAAAACCCACUUGUUAUAUUCAGCAAAACAUCGUGUUCCAUAAGCCACUCCAUUAAGACACUGAUACGAAACUUUGGUGCCAACCCAACUGUAUACGAGCUCGAUGAAAUAUCGGAUGGGGAACAGGUGGAAGGGGAGUUAUUGGAAUUAGGGUAUAGUCCAAGUGUACCAGUUGUUUACAUAGGGAAGAAGCUGGUUGGUGGUGCUAAUGAGGUGAUGAGUCUUAAUGUUAGAAGCAAGCUCAAAGCAUUGCUUAUUGAGGCUAAUGCCAUAUGGGUCUAAUUAAGAUUCAGCCAAAAGAAGUGAGUGCUUAAUCGUUUUGAUCGGAUAUAUGUAGUACAAUAUGAUCGAGCUAGCUAGGCACACCAUGCCAUCGUGUACUACGAUGGAAUGGCUGUGCCUUUUAAGUUUCGCCUUCUGUUUUCUUAUUUUCUUUGGGAUCGAUAUUUGAAUAAUACAGAUUUAUCCCAA